CUAUGGGUAACAUAGAGGCAAACUUGCGGGAGAAUGAAAGCUACGUUGCCAUUAAUGUUCAGUGCAAAAGAUGGCAUUCACAUGGAGACCUAAUUCGGUUUCUAGCUCCGGUUGCAAUUACAACAACCUCCUCCUCUUCCCUAAAACCAUAACCAAAGUAGCCUCCUCCAAAUUCACAUUCUCGGCGGCCAAAACUAGCAUUUCCUCUCCCCAGCCCUCAACAGCGCAAUCAAGUGCAAACGCCUCACAUGGUAAUGGCACAAGGACAAGGCACACUGCCCCUCCUCUCAACACAGUCUCUGAGCGCGAGAGGCUCCGAGACUUGCUUGCAAAGCUGCGCCAGAAGAACUCAUGCCCGUUGCAAACGCUUAGAGAUGAUGGAGAUUGGACUGAAGACCAAUUCUGGGCUGUCAUCAGAUUCCUCAAACACGCCUCUAGGUCCCAUGAAAUUCUUCAGGUGUUUGAUAUGUGGAAGGACCUUGAGGCAUCGCGGAUUAAUGAAUUCUACUAUGAGAAGAUAAUAGGGCUGUUAAGUGAAGAGGAUCUGAUUGAAGAAGCAGUGUCGACAUUUCGAGAGAUGAAAAGCUGUGGCCUUAUCCCUUCUUUGGAGACUUAUAAUUCAAUUAUUCAUGGUUUUGCAGGAAAAGGGAGCUUUGAAGAUGCUUUAUUUUACCUCAAUGAGAUGAAAGAAGCCAAUGUAACACCUGAAACUUAUACCUAUGAUGUGUUAAUUCAAGCUUACGGGAAAUAUAAUAUGUAUGAUGAAAUGGGUAUGUGUCUUAAGAAGAUGGUAUUAGACGGGUGUUCACCUGAUCAGAUUACUUAUAAUUUGCUUAUCCAAGAGUUUUCACAAGCUGGGUUACUCAAAAGAAUGGAAAGAAUAUAUCAGACCAUGCUUUCUAAAAAGAUGGAUUUGCAGUCAUCUACCUUGGUUGCAAUGCUAGAGGCUUAUGCUAGAUUUGGAAUCGUAGACAAGAUGGAAAAGGUUUUUAGAAGAGUUUUGAACUCGAAAACCCAUUUGAAGGAUGAUGUGAUAAGGAAAGUGGCUGAGGUUUAUAUUGAGAACUAUAUGUUUUCAAGAUUAGAUGACUUGGGAGUUGACGUUUCAACAAGGUUUGGCGCAUCUGAUCUUGUUUGGUGCCUGCGUCUUCUUUCUCAUGCUAGUCUUUUGAGCCGAAGGGGUAUGGAUUCCAUUGUUAGGGAAAUGGAAGAGGCAAAAGUUCCUUGGAAUGUAACAGUUGCAAAUAUUCUCAUGCUGGCUUAUUUGAAAAUUGAAGAUUUCACUCAUCUAAAAUCCUUGCUUUACCAAUUACCAUUCCUUUGUGUGAAGCCCGAUAUAGUUACUGUUGGAAUUUUAUUUGAUGCUAUGAUGAUUGGAUUUGAAGGAGCUAGGGAAGUAGAAACAUGGAGAAGUACGGGCGAUCUCUACAGAGUUGUGGAAAUGAACACUGAUCCCUUGGUUCUCACUGCAUUUGGAAAGGGGCGUUUCCUGAGAAACUGUGAAGAGGUAUACUGCUCCCUUGAACCUCAAGCUAGAGAACAGCAAACGUGGACUUAUGAUAGCCUCAUUGAUUUGGUUUUAGGGAAGCCUUAGUUGAAUGAAGUCGAGCAAGGACAGAAAGGCAGGAAGCGCAAGCUGUGGUUGUCGAGGUGCGCGCAAGCUGACCCAGACGCUCACGGUUAU